UUUUUGAAGGUAAAAAAAUGGAUGAAAAUCUGAUAUUGUAUGGGUGUAAAUUGGCAAAAGAUAUGGAACAGAAUCUUCCAAUGCUGGCCAAUCAGCCUGAAGCUCUCCUUGCCUCUUGCGAAGAAAUAAUUAGCAUAUUUAACGGCGUUAAGGAGAGACUCAUCGUGUCUCAAGCGAAUUCGAUGAGUUUUCCCGGUCGCAGCGGCCCUGGUGGCACUAGCGCGAGUCGUGAGCCGUUGGAUUUGAUCAGUGCCCAGACGAUGCUCGGUGACCGGGGCAAGCUCAAUGAGUACGUGCCGAGUCUGGAUUUUAUGUUUGGCGGUGGAAGGGACGUUGGCAGGGCUGGAUCGGUCGGGGAGGUCCAGCCUGCUGCUAAUGCAACGGAUUCCAUCAGAACUUCGCCUUCGCGCAAUCUAAGGAGGAGGAAGGAUGAAAGUGGUAAGUUUGUGACGACGGUGGCGGCGCCACAAAUGGGGAAUCUGGAUCUUCCGCCGGAAGAUGGGUAUACAUGGAGGAAAUAUGGGCAGAAGGAAAUCCUUGGAUCAAAAUAUCCUAGGAGUUACUACCGAUGCACCCAUCAAAAAUUCUACAAUUGCCCGGCAAAGAAGCAAGUGCAGCGAUUGGACCACGACCCCUUCACCUUCGAGCUCACCUAUCGCGGGACCCACACCUGCCACCUGUCCUCCACCGCCCCUUCGGCCCCCACCCCCUUGCCGGAGCAAACCCUCCCACCGCCGGUCACCUCCCUCCCCCUCUCCUCCUCCCUCGCCAACACCUCUCACUGGCUCUCCAUGCACAUCACUACUACCGGCGCCAGCGCCAGCACCAGCACUGCCUGUUUCCCCGCGGACUGCCCGCUUCCAGUGGCGGACAUGGCCGACGCCAUGUUCAACUCCGGAAGCAGCAGCAGCAGCAUGGACCUCAUCUUCUCCUCCAUGGAUGACAAGUGGGAUUCUGAGGUCAAGAAAGGUUAAUUCGAUUUUGAUGAAAUACUACUAUGAUUUAAUUGACAAAAAAAAAACGAAAUUAAUUUGGGCUAAUUAUAUUUGAUUGAUCGGAAAUUGAUCAUUGUCACAAAAAUUGUCUUGUACCCUCAUUUGUAGUGUUG